UCAAAAAGAAAUUCUAGCUUGUGAGGUUAGCUGCAGUUACAGAGGGUUGAGAGUCUAGGUAGACUUAUUUAACCAUCAGCUGUCUCAACUUUGAGAAAUUGAGAAUUGUCAGAAAGGACCAAUUCUGGAGCUUUCUUUGAAUAUUCAUGAAUGUCUGAAGAUACUGUUUAUGCAAAUCUCAAAUUCCAGGAUUCAGAUAAGAAAGAAGAAAUCCAAAAGUCUGACAAAUGUGAGGGGAAAGGAUCUUCUGCUGCUUCCCAUUCACAGCAUAAAACAGUCAUGAUUUUGAGUCUUCUGUGUCUUCUGCGAUUCAUUGGAAUGGUGAUCAUAGGAGGCAUCUUUUAUGCAACUUCGGAGACAGAAAUGAUAAAAUCAAAUCAAUUACAAAGCUUCAGUGAAGAACUUCAGAGAAAUGUUUCCCUACAGCUGACGCAGAAUCUCAAUAACACCAAGAAAAUCAAGAACCUUUCUGCCAUGCUGCAAAACAUAGCCACCGAGCUGUGUCGAGAGCUGGUUAACAAACAUCCAGAGCACAAAUGUAAACCAUGUCCAAAGGGUUCACAAUGGUACAAAGACAGCUGUUAUUCUGAAGUCAGUGGGCAUGCAACAUGGCAACAGAGUGUUAUGUUCUGCUCUUCUCAGAAUGCCAGCCUCCUGAAGGUUAAAAACAAGGAUGUGCUGGAAUUUAUAAAGUCUAAGAAGCUAUGGGGUUAUUGGCUAGCAUUGUCACCCAGAAAAGAUCAUACAAACUAUGAGACACUGAGUGAGAAGAUGUUCCUAUCUGAAGAGUUUGAAGGAAGCACAUAUGACUUAUAUACAAUGUACUGUGGAUAUAUAGAUGGGGUAUGUGUUUAUUAUACAAAGUGCACUGAUCAGAGAAGAAUCAUGUGUGAAAAGCCAGCCAGCAAGGUCCAGGUGGAAAGUGUGCUGAAUGGCUUUCCAGAUGGUAGCUUGUAGCUACUCUGCAGUUGCUUGUCUCUAGCUACUAACCUGUUGGUUUGAACGAGAAUGGCCCCCAGGGCCUCAUAUAUUUGAAUACUUGAUCAACCCUUUGAAGAACUGUUUCAGAAACAUGGGAAGGUGUGGUCUUGUUGGAGGAAGUGACUCACUGAGGGUGGGUUUGAGUUUUCAAAAGCCCAUGCCAUUCCCAGGUAGUUCAGUCUGCCUUGUUCUUGUGGAUUGAGCUGUGAGCUCACUGCUACUGCUCAAGGUCAUGUCUGCUUGCCUUCUGCUAUUCUCCUCACCACAGUGGUCAUGGACUCUAACCUUCUGGAACC